AAGUAAGGGGGGGGAUGAGAGCGACGUCUUUACUGCGCGCCGUGGGAAAGCUAGAGCCACAUGGCUGCGGGGUGCUCGGAGCCUCCGCGGCCAAAGGCGGCCAAUGAUGGGCCGUCGGUCGGCCCAGCCGCGGCCCUGCCUUGCCUCGAACUGCCGACUUACGCCGCCGCAAGUGCGUUGGUGAGCAGUCGCUACUCCUGCCUGGUGGCCGCGCCGCACCGCAGACACAUCGCGCUGUCCCCGCGCUACCUUCACCGGAAGCGCACGGGCAUCCGGGAGCAGCUGGACGCCGAGCUCCUGCGCUAUUCCGAGAGCCUUUUAGGUGUCCCUGUGGCAUAUGAUAACAUCAAAGUAGUGGGUGAAUUGGGAGACAUUUAUGAUGAUCAAGGACACAUUCAUCUUAACAUUGAAGCAGAUUUUGUUAUUUUCUGCCCUGAGCCAGGGCAAAAGCUUAUGGGUAUAGUCAAUAAAGUGUCCUUCAGUCACAUUGGCUGUCUAGUCCAUGGGUGCUUCAAUGCCUCCAUCCCUAAACCUGAGCAGAUGCCAGCUGAGCAGUGGCAAACUCUGGAGAUAAACGUGGGUGAUGAACUAGAAUUUGAAGUGUUUCGUUUAGACUCAGACGCUGCUGGAGUAUUCUGCAUUCGGGGAAAGCUAAAUAUUACUAGCUUACAACCCAAGUGCUCUGAAGUUUCCGAAGAAGUAACAGAAAUUGCCACUGAAGAAACUGUUGAAAAACCUCCAAAAAAGAAAAAGAAAAAGAAGAAAGACUUAGAACCAUGUGAAGUGGAAGAUGGUGUCAUGGAGUCCGUGGAUUUUGUAGAUGGCACCAUGAAAGAAGGUGCAGACCUACAGAGUGAUAGUAAUGUGAAUGGCAUCUGUGAAGAAGAACCAAAGAAGAAGAAAAAGAAAAAGCACAAGAAAGAUCAGGAUCAGGACCCUGUUUUCCAAGGCAGUGACUCUAGUGGUUAUCAGAGUGACCACAAAAAGAAAAAAAAGAAAAGAAAGCAUAGUGAGGAAGCAGAAUUUACCCCAGUUUUGGAACCCUUUCCGAAAAAGAAAAAGAAAAAGUAGUUUCUUUUCGUACAUUUAAAAUACUCAUUUUUUUAAAAAAAAAUUUUAAUUGAUAUAGGUGAAUAAAUGCUUGGAGUGAUAAGAAAUGUCUGUUCUAGUGAUCAGUUUAUUUGUCUUCUGGUUUUGGGGACGUACCUGGUGGUGUUCAGGCGUUAAUCCUGACUGUGCUCAGGGAUCGCUCUUGGUGACUUAGGGGGACCGUGUGUGGUGCGGGGGAUCAAACCCAGGUCAGCUACUUGCAAGGCAAACUCCCUAUACGCUGUACUAUCACUCCAUCUUAGUCAAUCCAUUGAAACUUUGGAUUCAGAGGUUUUGGUACUAAUAUUGAAUAAAUUAUAAUUUGGGAAUUAUCAGUAUUAUUAGGUGCCGUUUGAGUAAAUAUAGAUAGAAAGUUAAGAGCAUCUCUCACUUUCUACUCUUGCAUUCACCCAGUAUUCAUGUUCUAAAUAAAAUUAUUUUUGUACUCAAGACUAGCAAAAGAACUUUGUAACAUUAAUGAGUUUGUGAUUAAAUAAGCUUCACCUUUAGCACAAAAGAAAAAGAAAGAAAACUGUAUUUGUUCAAUUAAAAAAUUUCAAAUAACAAAAAUUCGUUCCUAAACAUAUAACCCUAGAGAUAUGAGCCACAACAUACCACACAGCCAUGUGUCAGUUAUCUUCACAGAAAUAAUUGCUGUUGUCUGUGGGGUAUAGUUUAAGGUUUAUAAGUGGAUGUUAAAAUAAAAAAUGAAAUGAAAUUAUUCAUAUUCUUAAUGUUUUCCAUUUGAUAUGGAUUAUAUAAAGAAUAUUCUUUUUAUUUUUUUUCUUUUUGGGUCACACCCAGCGGUGCACAGGGGUUACUCCUGGCUCUGCACUCAGGAAUCACCCCUAGCGGUGCUCAGGGGACCAUAUGGGAUGCUGGGAAUCGAACCUGGGUCAGCUGCGUGCAAGGCAAACGCCCUACCUGCUAUGCUAUUGCUCCAGCCCCCAUGAAUAUUCUUAUUUGUAAUACCUAAUAUUUUUAUUUCCUAGUGAUUAAUAUUUAGAUUUUUCCCUAAACGUAUCUUCCUGUUUGAUAUAAAGUCAGAAGUGGUACUGUUGUUUGAAAGAAAAUGGCUGUAAUUUUAGAUGUAGUUUUUCAAAAUAAUAUCUGCUAUGAAAUUUAUUUAUGUAUUUUUUGAGGGGACAGGGGGUGAGGCACACCCGUGGUCCUCAGUGCUAUUCCUGGCUAUGCACUCAGGGAUCUCUACGGGUGGGGCUCAGAGGACCAUGUGUGGUACAGGGCAUUGAAGCUGGGUCAGCCAUGUGGAAGGCAAGCCCUACGCCCACUCUAGUGCUCUAGCCCUAGAGUUUACAUUCCUAACUGCAACUUAAGAGUUGGCAGUCAUAUCUACUUGGAGAAUUUCAGUUACUCUAAUUUUUGACAAUCUGAGAGAUGAAAAUUUUACAUUGUGAAUAUGUAUUUAUUUGGAUAUUAUGAGCUUGAAACACUAUUGCGUAUUUAUUGACUGAAUUGAUUUUUUAAAAAAUAUUAUCAUCUCCUUUUAUUCCUGUUGGAUAUUUUCUUAAUUACUUAAUUUUGAGAAUUUGCUCUAUAUGAAGGAUAUUUUAAGAUCAGUUUGAAGUACUUGUUGAAGUUUUCAUCUAUAUUUUAGUAUACUUGCUGUUAGAAAAUGUUUAUGUAAUUAAUUUCAUCUUUUAUGUUUUUCUAUAAAGGCUUUUCCCAUCCAAGAUUACAUUUUGGUUUUCUUCCAGUACUUUU